AUGACUCCUGCUCGAGUUCCACAGACAGCUAGCAUUGUUAGACCACAAGUGGAUGCUAACAACUUUGAACUCAAGCCUGCAUUAUUACAACUGAUUCAAAAGGACCAGUUUGCCGGAGGAAGCACGGAAGACCCUUACAUCCAUCUGGAAAACUUCUUGCUAUACUGUGAUACCUUGAAGAUGAAUGGGGUGUCUCGGGAUGCUAUUUUGCUCAGAUUGUUCCCUUGUUCACUUAAAGAAGAAGCAAGAGCAUGGGAAAGAUUCAAAGGACUACUCAGGAAGUGUCCCCAACAUGGCAUUGAAGCAUGGGAACAAGCGAGAACUUUCUUCCAAGGGAUGACGCCCAACACAAGGACAUUGGUGAAUGCUGCAUCAGGAGGGUUCUUAAAAACAAAAACUCCAGAGGAAGCUUUAGAAUUGCUAGAAUCUCUAGCCUCUCAAGAGUACGAUAAUGCUCCGGUACCACAGAGAAGAGCGGGGAUAAUGAAGCUUGAUGGUUGUGAUGCCAUCUUGGCUCAGAAUGAGCAGAUUUUACAAUCCAAUAAGAAACAGCAACAACAGCUAGAUGCUCUCGCAAAACAAUUUUCUGAAUUUCAAGUUUCUUCUGUUAAUACUCCUGCUAUCAUUUGUGAUAUUUGUGCAGGUACUCAUGCUACUGAAGACUGCCAGGCACCCGAAACUGCAGAUGUUAAUGGAAUUUGGCAUGAUCAAAAAGCUCUAUAUAAUCCAGGGAGGAACCAAUAUGAUAAUAAUCAAAAUCAAGGGUGGAGAAAUAAAAAUCAAAAUCAACACCCGGGAUUUAGUUACAGUUCGAACCAUCAGCUGAAUCCUCCUAUGCCAGUGCAACAGCAACCUCCUCAACAAUCAGAAUGGGAAAAGGCCUUUGCACAACUAUCCAAGACCACAUCAGACUACAUUCAAAGUUCCAAUAAUUUCAGAGAAGACACUUCAGCCUUUAUGCAAGAGACAAGGGCCUCAUUCCGGAAUCAAGAAGCUUCUAUCCGGAAUCUUGAAACUCAGAUUGGCCAGCUAUCAAAGCAGUUCACUGAAAGAGUUCAAGGAACUUUUCCAGGUAACACUAUUCCAAAUCCAAGUAGGGAACACUGCAAUGCGAUUACUACUAUGAGUGAGAAAGCCAUUGAACCUGUGGUAAAGCCUUCAGUUGAGAAAAAGAAAGAUGAUGAUCUUGCAACUGAAAAGGAAAAAGAAAAGGAAGUUGCCAAAGAAUUUGCUGCAUAG